GCUGGAGCAUCUGGGGGAUUUUAUGAUUUUACGUAAUCAAAAGGAAGAAUGUUGUUUGAGUUAUAAAGAGCACGAUUUUACUUUCAGGUCAGUCAGUCCAGCAUUUCCAGCCGUCCUGAAUCCUUCGCUUCAUCAUGGGUUCUUCUAGCAGCUCAGAUGUUUCAAUCACGAAAUACUUUGACAUGGAUGGAAAGGAAGUCGAACCUGGAGACCUGAUCCAGAUCUUCCGUGAUGGUUAUCAGCACUGGGCUGUUUAUGUUGGUUGUGGAAACGUCGUUCACCUCAGAGUAGCCGAGUCGGGGGCUGGUAAGGGCGAAGUGUUGAAGCAGACGUUGGAGGACGUGGUGGAGAAGGACAACUGGAGUGUCAACAAUCUCCUGGAUCAUGAAUACAAACGUCAUCCAGCUGAUGAUAUCGUGAAGGAGGCCUGUUCACUGGCGAUUACAGGAUGGCAGUACGACCUGGACACGCACAACUGUGAACACUUCGCCACUGAGAUGCGCUACGGCAAGCCUGAGAGUCGGCAGGGGGCCAAACCUGGAGACCUGAUUGAGAUCUUCCGUCGUUGGUAUCAGCACUGGGCUGUUUAUGUUGGUGAUGGAAACAUCGUUCACUUCGUAACACCCAGGUGGUUGGCUCGUACGGGCGUCGUGUGGAAGCAGAAGUUGGGGGACGUGUUGAAGAACAACUGGUGGAAAGUCAACAAUCUCCUGGAUCAUAAAUACAGACCUCGUCCAGCUGAUGAUAUCGUGAGAGAUGCCUGUUCACUGGCGGAUACAGAACGGCAGUACAACCUGAAGAAGUCAAACUGUGAACACUUCGCCACUGAGAUGCGCUACGGCAAGGCUGAGAGUCAGCAGGGGGCCAAACCUGGAGACCUGAUUGAGAUCUUCCGUCGUUGGUAUCAGCACUGGGCUGUUUAUGUUGGUGAUGGAAACAUCGUUCACUUAACAAUACCCAGGUGGUUGGCUCGUACGGGCAUCGUGUGGAAGCAGAAGUUGGGGGACGUGUUGAAGAACAACUGGUGGAAUGUCAACAAUCUCCUGGAUCAUAAAUACAGACCUCGUCCAGCUGAUGAUAUCGUGUUCACUGGCGGAUACAGAACGGCAGUACAACCUGAAGAAGUCAAACUGUGAACACUUCGCCACUGAGAUGCGCUACGGCAAGGCUGAGAGUCAGCAGGUGAAGAACAACAAGGCCUUGGUGAAUGCAGCUUCUGGGUUUAUGGCAUCUUAUCGCUCUAUGAAAAAGUAACCUGCAUAUCAAUCCACGAUUCUUAUUUCAUUAAGAUUGGUCAAAUCCACAUGACCUAACUUCAGAAAUGAAGGUGCCAGUUCAGACUUAUUGGAAACAACUUAAUCAAUAAGGUUUUCUUCUUCAACUGAGGAGCAUGAUGUUAAUGUCAAAGAAAUUAAAUAUUUCAUAUGAUAUAAACACAAAUAUGAUUAAAGCUGAUCAGAUGAAUCAAUAAUAAAAUUCAUACAUUUAAAAAGGAAUCGUUUGUUUCUUUGUUUUGUUUCAUGAAGUACUUUUUACAGACCUUUAGUUCAUUGAUGCUGGAUUUAUUUAUCAUGAUGAUGAAUAUGUUUCCAUGUACUGUAUUUCAUUCCUGGUUAUCUCUGAUUCCUGAAUCUGAAAAUUUCUGAUCACAUAGAUAGACGGAUAGACAGACAGACACUAAACCAAUGUGUUUUAUUUUUCUCUAAAUGUUGUUCUAUGAAGUAUAAACCAGGUGUUAGAUAACAGGCGGGAAUGAAGUUUGUAGAUCUGCUAUUUUUCAGCUGGUGGUGCGUGUAAAUUGCAGCAGAUUACGUGCAGAGUGAAUUAAGCACUUCUGUCAUUUUACGUUUUAUUUUUAUGCUUUUAUUUUGAAGAGCACCGUUCUUCCUCUGUUACUUCUGUUAUUGACGAAGCUUAACUUCCUGUUCCUGUCAGAGCAUGCUAACGCUGCUCCAGAGUUGGUAAAAUAUGCAAGAAAAUGAUUAACUUCAUAUUCGUCAUAUUUUGUGUUGAAACUUAUGAAAAGUUAUUUUAUUGUGGUUCGCCCCGUGUUUUUGUUGUUUACAUGUCUCAAAUCUGUGCUUCUGUGAGGGUCUCUGGGAAAAAAAUUGAGAUUAAGGGUGAUGGCCAAAUGCAGAUAAUACUGGGGUCCUUGACAUGCCAGUUUGAGAUCUAAAUAUGUUGUUAUAUCGUCAGCACUGUAUUUUUUAUUUGUUGCAUUGAUUGACUGAAUGUGCCUAUAUUUUCAACACUGUGCCUAGUUUUAUGUUUUACACUAUGCAAUAUGUUUUA